AUGAAAAUAGAUGGCAAGUGCCUGAUCGAAUUGAUAGGGUCAUGUAGGAACAAGGUUCAAGUCUACCGGUCUGUUAGGAUGCCUCAGCUGCAUACGUCGUACUUCCACUUGACACCUAUCGUAAUGAUAAACGGCUCGUCUCGCUGUGACCUUCUCUUGAAUUCUCAAAACUUUUGUCGCUCCAUCCCCGUAGGGGCAGAGAACCCGUCGCCAGAUACUAUUCUCAAUCAACAAGGGCAAAAUGUAAUAUGUGUUUAUGUAGCUAUUGGUCAAAAAGCAUCCUCUGUAGCUCAGGUAGUGACUACUUUCCAGGAAAGGGGAGCGAUGGAAUACACUAUUGUGGUAGCUGAAACGGCGGACUCGCCUGCUACAUUACAAUACCUUGCCCCUUAUACAGGAGCAGCUCUGGCUGAAUAUUUUGUGUACCAUAAACGACACACUUUAAAUUCGAUCCAUAACAUCUAUGUCAGCUUUUCUGCCUAA